AUGGAGAGAAGCACGCCGGUGAGAAACCCACACACUUCCACCGCCGAUCUGCUUUCCUGGUCGGAAACCCCUCCUCCUCACCACUCAACCGCUUCCGCCGCUCGUUCUCACCAGCCGUCCGAUGGAAUCAGCAAGGUCCUCGGCGGUAGUCAGAUCACAGACGAGGAAGCUCAGUCUCUCAAUAAGCUGAAGAAUUGCUCAGGGUACAAGCUAAAAGAGAUGACCGGUAGUGGCAUAUUUUCUGACAAGGCAAAGAGCGGAGCUGAAUCCGAUGCUACUGAUCCAAAGACUGGACUUCGUUACUAUCAGCAAACGCUGAAUGGAGUGAGUCAGAUAUCUUUCAGCGCAGACGGGAAUGUAUCCCCGAAGAAGCCAACCACUUUAACAGAAGUUGCAAAGCAGAGAGAGCUGAGUGGGAACUUGCUAACCGAGGCAGAGCUAAAGAGCAAGAAGCAGAUAUCAAGUGCCAAGAUCGAAGAGAUCAGCGGUCACGACAUCUUUGGACCUCCACCCGAGAUUCAGACUCGAACCUUGGCUGCUGCACAACAGGAAGCCAGAGGCAACCGAGACAUGGGAGAGCCUGCUCCGAGGAACUUACGCACUUCUGUUAAAGUCUCCAAUCCAGCAGGAGGUCAAAGCAACAUACUAUUCAGUGAAGAACCAGUUGUGAAGACGUCAAAGAAGAUACAUGAACAGAAGUUUCAGGAACUCACUGGGAAUGGUAUUUUCAAAGGAGAUGAGUCGCCUGGCACUGCGGAUAAGCAGCUGAGCUCAGCUAAACUCCGGGAGAUGAGCGGAAACAAUAUAUUUUCAGACGGGAAGUCAGAGUCCCGGGACUAUUUUGGCGGUGUCAGGAAGCCUCCCGGCGGUGAGAGCAGCAUUUCAUUGGUCUAA